UGGCUGUCCAGGAUCCCCGGUACCAGAUAAACCAGACCGAGUCCCUGUCGGCGCCGGCCGGGGGCUCCGUCACCCUGCCCUGCGCCUUCACCUACCCCCGCGAGAUCGAGCCGCUGGGGGACGUCCGGAUUUACUGGAGACUGGGAUUCCAUGGCAAGUUUAUCUACAAUCACACCGAGGGGUUCACCCACCCGGAUUACGGGGGCCGCAUCGUCCUGGUCGGGGACCCGCGGGGGAGCCGAACGGCCUCCAUCCGCAUCGACCAGCUGCGGGAGUCGGACGCCAGCGAGUACGUCUGCCACGUCAUGGUGCAGAAGAAUGACGGCACAUGGGAGCAAUGGCGCCGUCACCCUGGGACCAACCUCACGGUGACAGCCCAAGCCUUGCCGACGAACGCCCCCAGCACGGCGCAGGCGACGAUCCCAGCCACAGCCACGACGCAGCGGCCAGCCAGGCCGGGGGCAGCCCCGGUGAUUGGGGGGCUGCUGGCGGGGGCCGUCCUGCUGGCCGGGAUCAUCGGGCUGGCUGUGUACGGAGCCCGGAAGAGAACAGGCUGUCGGCAGAAGGACCCCCCGGCCCGGAGGGAACGCGGCCAGUCGCAGGCUGAGGGCGGAGGCGAGUACAUGGAGAUCGGGGCUGGAG